ACUCCUCUGGGAGGCCGAAAGCGACGCCCUCCCCGCCCCCAGGCCCUCCUCCGAGGCGGGGCGAAGCCUUGGGUCAGUCGUCCGGAGUUUCCGCCUCUCUCUUCGGGUCGAGUCGGACGGAGGGGACAGCCGCUCCCAGCAAGACAUGGCAGCCAUCAGGAAAAAACUGGUAAUUGUGGGAGAUGGUGCAUGUGGGAAAACCUGCCUGUUGAUCGUGUUCAGCAAAGAUCAGUUCCCAGAGGUCUAUGUACCAACUGUCUUUGAAAACUACAUUGCCGACAUUGAAGUAGAUGGGAAGCAGGUAGAGUUGGCUCUCUGGGAUACAGCUGGGCAAGAAGACUAUGACAGACUACGACCCCUCUCUUACCCAGACACAGAUGUCAUCCUCAUGUGCUUUUCUAUUGAUAGUCCAGACAGUUUAGAGAACAUACCAGAAAAGUGGACUCCUGAAGUGAAACACUUCUGCCCUAAUGUACCCAUCAUCCUUGUGGGAAACAAAAAGGACUUGAGAAAUGAUGAACACACCCGCAGGGAAUUGGCAAAGAUGAAGCAGGAACCAGUGAAGCCAGAAGAAGGACGAGAUAUGGCAAACAGGAUCAAUGCUUUUGGUUACCUGGAGUGUUCAGCCAAGACAAAGGACGGAGUGCGGGAAGUGUUCGAAAUGGCCACUCGGGCUGCUCUGCAAGUCAGGAAGAACAAAAAGCGCAAAGGCUGCCCUCUCCUCUGAAAGCAAAGCCUUGGCCAAGGAUGUGACUACUGUCUAAAGGAUCUCCCUCCUUCCAUACAGCCCAUGGAUACAAACAUGAAUCAGGCAGGAGAGAAGGGCUUAUUAGCUCUACCUAGUAUAAGAAUUUCGGGCCAGCUGUGCCUUCCAACUUUCAGAUGCAGUACAAGAGUGGCCUGAGGAACACAAUGUAGAAACCUCACAGUCUUUCCUCGUCCUGAUUGUCAGGCUUUCCUCCUCAGCCCACUCUGUGCUUGAUGAUCUGAGAUAAUAUCUCAAUUCCUCCUCUUUUUUUGGUAAAGAAUGUCAUUUUUUAACUGGGAAGGCAGUAUAGCUGAACUAACUUUGUAUUGCUCUUUUCUUCCCAUUACUAUUAACCCAAUUGUUCGUAAGACUUCACGAAUUCUAACUCUUCCUGUCACUACAAACAAUGAAAGCUAGAUUUCUGAACCUGUACUUUGGUUGCCUCCCUUCAACAAUUUGCUCAGACUUGCCCAAAUGCCUGCCUGUACUUCUGUCAAGGAGCUGAGCUCUGCCACAGUCAGCAGUGCUGUUUGUGCUUGUUUCAGGGGCAGUGUCUUCUGUUUUGACCAUGGCACAUUCUCUCACUUCAAUCAUUAAAUUAAAUGAACUUUCAA